AUGCGGUGGCUGUGGCCGCUGGGCGUCUCCCUUGCCGUGGCGCUGGCAGCCGGGCCCAAAAGGGCCCCUGGGGGGGUCCGCCUGCAGCAGGGUGGGCACCAGCCUGCGGCCCGGGAGCAGCCGGACCGGUCCAGGCGAGGAGCUGAGUGGGAGGACGCCAAGAGGUUGCAGCAGUACGUGCCCGAGGGGUGGGCUGAGUACCCCCGGCCCAUCCGCCCCGCCGCCCCGCAGCCCACCCAGCCCCGGGUGGCCACCAGCCCCUCCCCGGACUGGGCCAGAGCGACUGGGGGCAGCGGGCAGGAGCCCCAGGGCAACGUGACGGGGACGCCCGGCCGGCGCCUGCAGGUGCAGAACCCGCUGUACCCGGUGACCGAGCGCUCCUACGGGGCCUACGCCAUCCUGCUGGUGGCCCUGGUGCUGUUCGCCGUGGGCAUCGUGGGCAGCCUGGCAGUCAUGUGCGUCGUGUGGCACAGCUACUACCUGAAGAGCGCCUGGAACUCCAUCCUGGCCAGCCUGGCGCUCUGGGACUUCCUGGUCCUCUUCUUCUGCCUCCCCAUCGUCACCUUCCACGAGAUCACCAAGCAGAGGCUGCUGGGCGCCGUGUCCUGCCGGGCGGUGCCCUUUGUGGAGGUCUCUUCCCUGGGCGUCACCACCUUCAGCCUCUGUGCCUUGGGCAUCGAUCGCUUCCACGUGGCCACCAGCACCCUGCCCAAGGCCAGGCCCGUUGAGCCGUGCCCAUCCAUCCUGGCCAAGCUGGCGGUCAUCUGGGUGGGCUCCAUGACGCUGGCCGCGCCCGAGCUCCUGCUGUGGCAGCUGGUGCGGGAGCCCAGUCCCGCCGCGGGCGCCGUGGACACGUGUGCCAUGAAGCCCUCGGCCCACCUGCCCGAGUCCCUCUACUCGCUGGCCCUGACCUACCAGAGCGCCCGCAUGUGGUGGUCCUUCGGCUGCUACUUCUGUCUGCCCGUGCUCUUCACGGCCACCUGUCAGCUGGUGACGUGGAGGGUGCGAGGCCCGCCGGGCAGGGAGCCAGAGAGCCGGCCGGGCCUGCAGGAGCCGCCGGGGGCCCGGCCCAGCAGCACCGUGGCAGGCCUGGCCGCCGUGCACGCCCUCUGCGCCCUCCCCGAGAACGUGUGCAACGUUGUGGCCGCCUACCUGUCGGCCGCUCUCACGCGCCAGACCCUGGAGCUGCUGGGCCUGGUUACGCAGUUCUCCACCUUCUUCAAGGCGGCCGUGACGCCGCUGCUGCUCCUGUGCGUGAGCCGCCCACUGGGCCGCGCCUUCCUGGACUGCUGCUGCUGCUGCUGUGGCGAGGGCUGCGGCGGGCAGGCGGCCCCCGGCGGCCCCCGAGCCAAGCUGCACACGGAGCUGUCCGCCUCCGGCUACUUCCACAAGCCCCGAGAGGCGCCGCCGCUCCUGGCCCUGGGCACGCCCUGCUGA